AGACACCACAACCUACGACACACCAUGAGAGAUAAAGCUAUAAAAGCAGCCACCACACAAAUUCUCUAAUCCCUUCCGCUAACGGCCAAACCCGCAAGAAAAUAUCCAUCUUCACGCAUAUACUCCCCCCAAAAGUUGGAUCUUUCUUCUCCUCAGAAACCGCCAUGACUACAUCUUCAAGUCCAGCAGCCGUCGCCGCCCUCUUCUCUUCAAGAACCCCUUCUCUUCUCAUCUCCAACGCCGCCGACCCAUCAUCCCAUCACGUCAGAUUCCGAACCCGAACCCCUCAAUUUCUCUCCGUCAAAUGCUCUUCCGAUUCCGCCACUGUCGUCGACAACUCCCCCGGCCCCAGCGCCAAUUCGCUGCGUUUCGACGAGGAUUGCGAUGAAACCGCUGCUAAGGCGAUUGCCAAAAUUGGGUCCAAGGUUAGGGUUACGGCUCCUUUGAAGGUUUAUCACGUGCCCAAAGUGCCCGAGUUCGACUUGACUGGCCGAACCGGGGUUCUCAAACAGUACGCCGCGCUUCACAAGGGGAAGCCGAUUUCCGCCAACCUGCCUUACAAGGUGGAGUUCGUGGUGGAGGGUAUGGAGGGCAGGAAGGGCCCCCUCAAAUUCGUCGCCCACCUCAGGGAAGAUGAGUUUGAAUUUCUUGACUGAUUUUGUUUUCUUUCCGGUUCUUGAUGAUGCUUUCCCUGAAAUACUUUGUAAUGGAAAUAAUUUUUGUAACAUGUACUGUGACUGUUUGUGAUUUGUAGAUACGAAGUGAAAUGCUUACUUGAUGAGCUUAUACCUCCAUCUGUUUGAUAAAAUGCCUGAAUAUUGAUUGAAAACCUUA